AUAUGUUGCUGUGGGAACCGGAUCCAUUCCUGGACCCGGUUCUAUGGGGCGCGGGUACCGAGGCGGGCUCGGUACCCUAGGCGGCUUCUCCUCUCUCCCUCUUUAUAUUGUCACUUGUGUUUAGUGUUGAAUUAAGUGAAAUAUAAUUUUCUCUCUCCUAGGGUUGCGGUGUGCCCCUAGGUCAGAGCCUCCCCGUGGUUUUUCACCUCUUUCUGAGGUUUUCCACGUAGAUUGUGUGUUCGUUCUCCACUCUCUCUCUUUGUGGUUCGUGUUUCUACAUGGUAUCAGAGCCAGCGGAGUUGGAGAAGCGUUUUUUCCGAGGAUCGUCAAGUUUUUUCGUCGCCCGACGCCGUUGAAGUUCCGGCGCCGCUGCUGCCCGUGUGACGUCGCCCUGCUCUGCCGCCGCUGUCCUUUGUUCCGCCGCCGCCGUCCUCUGUUCCGGCGUCGCUGCUGCCCUUGUGACGUCGCCCUGCUCUGCCGCCGCCGUCCUCUGUUCCGCCGCCGCCGUCCUCUGUUGCGCCUCCGCGGUCCUCCGUUCGCCCCGUUCUUUGUUUCUGCCACCGUGGGUGGCCUCUGUGUUGCGCCGUUGCCUGCUUUCCGUUGCCGCUGCCUCAUUCCCGCCGCCGUCGCCGCUGCCUCCUUCCCGUCGCCGUUGCCUCAUUCCCGCUGCUGUGCCUCUUGUUGCUGUGUGCUUGUUUGUGAUGGCAGAAGCGAUGGGGACUCAAAAAGAUGCCGUUCUUGACACGGGCAGCGCCUCCAAGACUGAGAACGUGCCGAUCCAGGUCACCUCCAUCCGUCUGACCAAGGACAAUUACCUAUCUUGGUCUGCCGCUCUCGAGAUUGGGAUUACUAGCCGUGGGCGUCUCUCUUACAUCACUGGCGACAAACCUGCGCCCAUCAAAUCUGAUCCUCAAUGGGCGACGUGGGCGUUGGAGGACAGCCAAGUGAAGGUGUGGAUUAUCAGCUCCGUGUCAUCCGAUAUCCAGCCCCUCAUUCUGCGGAAGCCGACCUCUUUUGAUAUGUGGACUGUGCUUGCAAAGAUGUAUGGUCGCAAGAAGAGACAUUUGCGCACCUAUCAGAUUAAACGCAGUAUUUACUCUCUGACACAGGGUGAUUUGUCUGUUGCUGCCUUCUAUGCUGCCCUGAAGACCAAGUGGGAGGAGCUAGAUUAUCAUGUGACUGAUGAGUGGACAUGCGGUUCAGAUCAUUCCCUCUACUGGGAAAAGGAAUGGAUGGACCGUACGUUUCUGUUUCUGGGAGGCCUACGGGAUGAAUUUGAGUCUAUUCGUAGCCAGAUUCUUAAUGGUGAUGAGAUUCCGGGGAUAGAGGAAGUAUAUGCUCGUGUUGAGUCUGAAGAACAACGUCGCCAGGUGAUGCAUCUUGACACCGGUCAUGGCCCUUCUGCCUUUGUCAGCCGUGCCUCAGGGACUGGGCAGCGUCCUGCCCGACAUUGCACUCAUUGCCACAAGUUGGGGCAUUCGGUGGAUUUCUAUUGGGAUCUUCAUCCCGAGAAGAGACUGGUCAGAGGUCGUCCUCCCUCUGGCAAGCGUAGCCCUUCUGUGUCUGAUUCCAGUCAGAGCAAUUCUUCUAGUGGUGCAAAGUCCAAGUUGUCCCCUGCUCAACUCAAGGAGCUACAGGCGUACAUCAGCCGUCUAUCUACUACCCCUGAGGAGUCCUCCACGUCUGAAGGGGCUCAGCUAGCCCAAGCUCUCGUUGCCUCGACUGAUCAAGGACUUGGUGACGGGGAAGAAGAUUGGGAUUGGUUCGGUUACUGAUGGGCUCUACAGGCUGCCGGUACAAGUUGCUUCAACA